UGUGGAAAUUCAGGUCCGCCCGAAAGGCGACCGUUGUAGCCACCCAAGCACGGUGGCCGCGAGGGAUCCUGGAAAAUAUGGCGGCGCCGGUGGCCCAGAAGGCCUACUACAGUUCCGGAGUCCUGAGGGCCGCGUGGAGAGGCUGUACCUUGAUUCCAUGGUAUGGAGCCAACUGUCAGUAUGCUACAUUGGCACGUGCAUCACAGACACUUUGCUACGUUUCUACACCUCGUAACAUCACAGUACAGCCCUGCAGGCAAGGCAGCUUUUUCAACAAAUUGACAGCUGAUGAACUCUGGAAAGGAGUGCUGGCAGAGAGUGGUGCAGGGGGAAGGAAAGGAAGAGGGAAGAGGACCAAGAAAAAGCUAAAGAAGGAUCUCAACAGAGGCCAGGUCAUUGGGGAAGGACAUUCAGGUUUCCUUUGGCCUGGCCUCAAUGCUCCAGUGAUGAAACAGGGAACAAUGCAGACAAUUAGUCGGCGUGAUAAAGAAGAGCAAGAGAGGCUGCAGGCAGAACGGCUCCAGCAGCGGGAUGAAUGGGAGAAAAGAAGAAAAACAAAAGUGAAGCGGGAGAGAGGCUGGACCGGAAACUCAUGGGGAGGGAUCAGUCUUGGACCACCUGAUCCAGGUCCCAAUGGAGAAACAUAUGAAGAUUUCGACUCCAGAGUGAUUGAGUUGAAAAGUGUAUUUAACAUGACAGCCAAGGAAGGAAGAAAAAGAUCUGUUAGUGCUCUGGUGGUUGUUGGGAAUGGAAAAGGGGCUGCUGGUUUUGCUCUAGGGAAAGCAACUGACAGGAUGGUUGCACUAAGAAAAGCAAAGAACAGAGCUAUUCACUAUUUACAUUAUAUCGAAAGAUACGAAGAUCAUACAAUUUAUCAUGAUAUUGCAGCCUCUUUUAAAAAAACAACCAUUCGGAUGAAGAAGCAAAACAGGGGAUAUGGCCUUCACUGUCACCGAGCUAUCAUUACCAUCUGCAAGCUGAUCGGAAUUAAAGACAUGUACGCUAAGGUUUAUAGAUCCGAGAAUUUAUUGAAUCUCACGAGAGCUCUCUUCAAGGGAUUGGCAAAUCAGGAAACUCAUCAAAACCUAGCAAACAAGAAGGGCCUCUAUGUAGUAGAAUUUCGCGAUGAGUGUGGCCCACUGCCCAUUGUUGUGGCAAAGCCUGAAAGGGUAAUAAGCAAAGAUCCUGAACCUCUGGAUGAAGUUCCUGAUGUCAAACUGGAGUGGGAUGAGGUGAAAGCAGCCCAAGGAAUGAAGAAAAGCGUCUGGGCCAAUGUCAGAAGAACAAGGCUUGAUAUGUAAAUGGACAAAAUUAAGAGAGGUCCAGCAUAAUCCCAUGAUACAGAACUACUUGUCUUUUGCAAAGAUGAUUGCAUAUUCCUCCUGUACCCACUUGAUAACUGCAGCCAUUUUACCUUGGGGGCUCAAAACAACUUGGCCAUCUCUCUUUCUUUGACAAUUCUGUUUGGAAUGCAAGUGGCAGAUAUAGCCAUGGGCUGUGAAGGGGAGACGGUUGCCUUGCUGCUAGGGAAAAUGAAUCUGUAAUCAGCAGGUCUUUUUCAUGCAUAACAUGGGGAAAUUGUCAAACAACAUGGCAGAAAUAAAGUUGCAAUAAAAUA